AUGCCCUGCCCCCUGGAAGAAGGGUGGCCAGGAAGGGCCUUUUUGGGGCUGGCCCGUUCCGAGGUGCAUGUGGCCGGAGAGCCGCGCGGGGAAGCCCUGGGAUCCAUGCUGGGAUGGCCCAGCAGACAUCCGUUGAGCGGGCCAGCCCUCCCACAAGCCAUGGCCCUGGUUGGCCAAGCAGCAGCAGAGCUGGAGAUGGAGGAUCCUGUGGUUUUGUGGAAGUUCCCGGAGGACUUUGGAGAUCAGGUUAGACAUGCAAUCCUCCAGAGUAUACCUAAAUUCUGCUUUCCUUUUGACAUUACAAGGGUAACGCAAGUUGGACAGCAUUUUACUUUUGUGCUUACUGACAUUGAAAGCAAGCAAAGAUUUGGAUUUUGUCGUUUAACAUCAGGAGGCAAAGUGUGCCUGUGCAUUCUAAGCUAUUUGCCAUGGUUUGAGAUGUACUACAAACUUUUAAAUACACUGGCAGAAUAUUUAGCUAAAGAACAGGAAGCUGACUUGAAUGAUUUAUUAGAAACAUGGUAUAACCAUUCUGUGCCAGAGGCAAAUACUCCUAUCAGCUUAAAUUUGCAUUCAUACUUUAUUACUCCUGAUUUAACUGGAUUACCAACUGUUCCUGAAAGUAGAAAUCUUACUGAAUAUUUUGUUGCUGUGGAUGUGAAUAACAUGCUUCAACUUUAUGCCAGCAUGUUGCAUGAGAGACGCAUCAUUAUUACCUCCAGCAAGCUAAGCACUUUAACUGCUUGUGUUCAUGGAUCAGCUGCAUUGCUAUAUCCAAUGUACUGGCAGCAUAUAUACAUCCCGGUGCUCCCACCACAUCUCCUGGACUAUUGCUGUGCACCAAUGCCUUAUUUAAUUGGAGUUCAUUUCAGUUUAAUGGAGAGAGUCAAAAGUAAAUCACUGGAGGAUGUGGUGAUGCUAAAUGUUGACACAAAUACAUUGGAAACACCAUUUAAUGACCUGAGCAAUCUACCAAGUGAAGUGGUCUCGGCCCUGAAAAAUCAACUGAAGAAGCAGUCCACAGCUACUGGUGAUGGAGUAGCCAGGGCGUUCCUUAGAGCUCAGGUGGCCUUGUUUGGUUCCUACAGAGAUGCACUAAGAUACAAACCUGGAGAGCCUAUCAUUUUCUGUGAGGAAAGCUUCAUCAAGCAUCAUUCCAGUUUUACUAAAUAUUUUCUGGAAACUGCAGUGAAUCUCCAACUUUUUAAACAGUUUAUUGAAGGUCGACUUGCAAAGCUAAAUGCAGGAAAAGGAUUCUCCGAUAUUUUUGAAGAAGAAAUCUCAUCGGGAAGUGGAGGAAAUUUAAGAACAUACCAUCAGUGGAUGCAUACUGUGAAGAAAGGAGGAGCCUUGAUCAACACAGCAGUGAACAAAGCUACUCCAGCUGUGAAAACAGCAUACCAAUAUGCAAAAAAUCAUGCAAAACAGGGAAUAAAAGAGGUGAAGAGUAAGUUGAAACACAAGGAAAGAGAAGAUGGCUAUGGAAUUUGUAGCUCAGGUUUUGCACAAUACGCUCCAUUCUGUACCGUUCCUAAUUCUCCAAGAGAGAACACAGAAAAAAGGCGACUUGCACAGAAUGAGAUUCAGCAGAGCACAUGGAAUCAUACCGAAGUUCAGGCACCCAGCAUUCCUCUUUUUCUUCUGUUUUUGCCUUUUGCAGGAAAUUCUACACAAUGCUAGGGCACCAUUGAGCUCUAUCUAGCAAUUUAAGUAAUGUGAAUAAAAUAUUGUAUGUGACAGAUGUCAUGCAGAGUAACAGUGAGCAGUGUUGAAUCGACAGUUUGGUAGUCUGCUUUAGUUUAAGCUUCCUCAUAAAAAAAAGGUAAAUUCAGUCAAUUAGCACAGUGUUUUAGACAAAAGAAAGCAUAAUCCAUAGAUGUGCUUGGCUCUGUUAGUUUUUGUUUGAAGAGACAAUCUUUUGUCUUUCCUUGUCAAUUAUGAUCCAUCUAUAUUGCAGCCUGCAUAUCUUUUAAUUAAAAAUAGAAAAUAUAGGCUGCACAAAAUUACGAGACUGCCCUCUAGUGGUAUAAGUGACUUUUCAGAAAUGAUGUAAAAUAAUUCUUCAUACACAGAUAGUCCUAUAUCUAUUUAAAAGCCAGUCAAAAACAAAACAAUGUUUUAAAAAAGCUUAUAAUAAUUUUUCAGCAAUUGCUUUCCCUGUUUAUCUAGUAUAAUCUUGAGAUGUCAAUCCCAUUCUAGGCUUUCUAGCAUUGAUUUUUCAAACUGUUUUUUCCCAGUUGAUGCAAACCAUAUCUUCUAACAUAGGGAAAGGAAGGGGUUACUUUUCGAUAAGCUCAAGUGAAACCACAUCCUUCUAGUUGAGCGCAAGAGUUGGUGAGAUUCAUUGGUUCCUGAACAUUGGACUGUAGGAACUCCAUUAUUGAUCGAUAAAUAAUAGUGUCCUUCCUGACCAAUUACAUAUUUUUAAUUUCUUUUUCUAAUAUGAAAAUAUGAUAUAUCCACAUAAUAAUAUGAAAUAUCUUGUUUAUUUAUUACUAUUACUUGUUACUAUUAACCAAGUAAGAUUUGAAACUCUUAAGGAUGGUGGUAGCAAAAGGUGGAUUACAAGAGCAUAGAGGUUCUUUCUCUAUUUAAACCAAGGGCAGGCCACUAUUUGACAGCCAAAAGGGAAGCAGUAGUACAAUGACAUCAUAUUGAGAUGAGAGGCUGGGUUUUUCUGCAGCAGUUUGAAAAGGGUUUUCUUCUUCUUCUUCUUCUCGCCUUUCUCAUGUGUUAUUCCUACUUGAUGGCUUACAUGCCAUCUUUAUUUUAUUUCCAUUUUAUGUGCAUCUCUGUUGUACAGUAUUUUGCAGCAAAAUCUUAUUAGCAUGAUUUCUAUGAGGCCAUAAAAGAGUUUGAAGGCAGUAAAGGGAUAACAAACAGCCACUGAUUUAAAGCUAAUAAAUGUUUUCAAAGAUGGGGUAGAGGUGGGAAGUAGCAGUUGAUUUUAUUUUUAUAUGCAUAUAUGUAUAUAUACAUACAUGCAUAUGCAUACAUGCACAUGCAUGCCUGCAUGCAUACACACACAAACAUCAUACUGAUUUUUUUUUUAAAAAAUCAGACUGAAUUCCAUAAAAUCUUGCAUAAAAUUAAUUAUCUACAUUUUGUCAUACAUUUAUGGUCUUCUUAAAAAAAUUCGUUUGGUAAUGGGUUGGACCUACCAGUAAUUAUUUUUAGAGUAGAUAACAAUGAAAUCACUGUGAUGUGUGUGGGAAUCAUUUGUCACACACUUAAAAGAAAUAGCUUGAGUCUACAUCUUGAUAUUACUAAAAGAAGCAACAGAUACAAAUGCUCCGUUGUAGUCUUUAAAAAGAAAUCACUUCUAUUCCUUCAAAUACAAUCACUGGGAGAAAGAGGCACAACAAUUUGAAUGUGGAUUACAAUAUAAUUAGAAUUUAUAUUUGAUUUAAAACAUAGCAGCUACUCAACACCUUAUAUAAUGCUUUUCUACAAUAAAUCAGAAUUUUCUGUAUCCUUGUUAUAUCUGUUCAUUUUCUACAGUCUAGUUUGCUGGAAAGAAUUCUGAUACAAAUUAACUGUAAUAGACAAAGGCCUUAUUGAUUUAAUUGGUUCUGCUUAAAAUGUAAUCAACUCUAAUCUACUUUUCAAAAAAAUUUUAUAAUUCAGUAUAAGAAAUGAAUAUGUCUAUUACUUUCCAUUCAUUUUUAUGAAUUAAGGCUGCUAAUGUUAAUUUCUGCUUUUUCUCAUAAAAAUAACAUUCUAAAAGGAUUUCCUUUCAUUUUAGCCAAUUUUAUAGAUAAAUAAAUCAUUCUAAUUCUGUGUAGGAAUAGUCCAAUACCAAUAAACAUCCUAUUUUAUCAUAAGAGAUAAAACCAGCAAAUUCAGCCUUAAUCUUCCCUCUAUCGUAUUAGAUACAGCUUUUUUAUUAACAAAAUUUUAUUAAAUUUAUAUAGGUGAGGAAAAAUAGGAAAAAUUCAG